AUGUCGCUCGGUGAAGCAUCCUCGUCGGCGCUCCACCUCAACUUCCCGCCCUCGACGGGAGCAGGCGUCAUGCACUCCCGCUCCGUCACCGGCGUCCACGUCCACCCCGUGGCGCUCUUCUCGAUCCUCGACCACUUCCUCCGCCGCAACGAUGGCCAACAACGCGUCAUCGGCACAUUGCUCGGCACCAGGACAGAGUCGGAGAUUGAGAUCAAGAACUGCUUCGCCGUGCCGCACCUCGAGAACGAGGAGCAGGGCCAGGUCCAGGUCGACAUGGAGUACCACCGCAACAUGUACGAGCUCGCGCAAAAGGUCCGACCGGACGAGGUCAUCGUCGGAUGGUACGCCACCUCGCCCGAGCUCAACACCUACAGCGCCCUGAUCCAGGACUUUUACUCUCGCGAGACUGCGCCGCACCAGGCCGUGCACCUCACCAUGGACACGUCCAUCGACGGCGCCAAGGCCACCGGGCUGGGCAUCAAGGCCUACGUCUCGUCGCCGCUGGGCGCCACGCCCAAGGCCGAGAACUGCGUCUUCCUCCCGCUUCCCACCAACCUGCUCCACUCGACUCCGGAGCACGCGUCGCUCUCGCUCCUCGCCUCGCCAAACGUCUCGUCGCCCCUGUCGGACAUGGACGCCCUCGCCGCCAGCCUCAGGCAGGUGCAGGCGCAGCUCGACCGCGUCCUCGGCUACGUGCGCGCCGUCCUGGCCGGAGAGCGCGAGGGCGACAAGGCCGUCGGCCGCUUCCUCAACGACACCAUCUCCGUCGUCCCCGCCGGCAUGGACGACACCAAGCUCGAGAACCUCUUCAACGCCCACCUCCAGGACGUCCUCAUGGUCUCGUACCUCGCCAACGUCGUGCGCGCCCAGGCCGAGGUCUCGUCAAGGCUCACCCUCCUCACCUAG